AUGCAGUGGCUGUCACAAUUACCCAGGAUGCUGAAAAUACCAGACAUGCUCUUGCUCUUCUGUCUCGUUGGGGUAGCAAAUGCCCUAUAUAAACAGUGGAUUCCUGAUACAAACUAUGAGAAUAAGACCAACUGGGACAAAGGCGAUAUUCCUUGUGGCAAUGACAUAGUUCAGUUUUCGGCUCAAAGAAAAGUGUCUGUGUUUGUGGAGACCACUCAUGCUGUGCUGGAGAUGAGGUUGCCAGUUGAUGGGGAGUUCAUCCUGAAUUCAGGAGCUGGAUUUUAUGCUGUCACCGGGCAGGACCCAGGCUGUGGAACGGGUGUCACGACCGAGUUUAAAGAUUCAGAGUCAUUUCAGUGGUACGAUCCAACUCUAUGGCAGGCAGCUGCAACUCUGAAUGACCUAGAGCAAGGAAACUUCCUAUUCUCUGUCCACGAGGAGAGCGUCCCCUGCCAUUACGAUGAUGUUGUUUUUAAAGCCCUCUCCUCCUUCAGAGUGGACACCAGCUCUAGUCAUUCUAGCAUCACUGUCAAAUCUGUGUCUGUGCUGGGGGAUACAUUUACUACCCAGUCUGAGUUCUCCCAGUAUCUCAGCUCAAGUUUGGGCAAACUGCAGUUUCAUGGAUCCUCUGCUGUUGCUGUCGGAAACCCAGCCUGUGAGGAUCCCUCUGGUUGUGACUGUGGGAAUUCUGUACACCAUCAGCAGAUCUGUAGCACAGUAACGUGUGACUCUCCAAACUGUAAGAACCCUCUUCGCCCAACAGGACACUGUUGUGAUGUGUGUGGUGCCAUUGUUACCCUCCUUUUUGAUGACGGUUUUAACCUUCAGACUUACAGGGAACGAAUCCGUCACCUUUUUCUUGCCGUGCCACAAUACCAGUCCAUUCAGCUGGGGAUGUCCAAAGUCUUAAAGCCACAGCGGCUGAUGGGGAUAAUCAGUCUUGGUACGUUAUCUGAAAUCCAGAUAGUAAUACUGGAUGGAGAGCAGGGAAUACAGUCAGCAGCUUUGGCCCAGGACAUAAUGAAGGAUGCUCGUUCUCAUGGCUCUAAUUUGGGAAUCUCCGGAGUUGAAGUUCAGACCUCUUCUGAGGAAACUGGAGAUAGUGCAGGGUUGGCAGUUGGAGUUGUUUUUGGAGUUUUACUGCUGAUUACACUCAUUAUCUUGGGUGUCUUGAUUCAUAAAGGGGUUGUUCAAAUGCCAACACUGAACAGAUUCAAAAAUAGAAACAACAUACCAGAUCUCGGUGGACCUCUCGACCAUGGGUUUGAUAAUCCUAUGUUUGACCAGCCCACUAUGAUGCCUGACAUUCCUAGUCUAUAUGGGACUGGAGUUAGUAAUUCAAUCUCGAUGACUCAGACAGCUGUACACUUUGUAAACCCAGUUUAUGAUGAGAGUGAAACAGAUUUUACUGCCUAAAGAUGAACAUAUGUUAGCAUUUAAUGACAGUACUUUUGUUUCAAAUUGAAUGAUUUUAAAUCCCACAAAUUAAAGUAUAUAGUUGUAUACAGUUUUAUUACCACUGAACAAUGUAAAUAACCUAGGCGACAGGCACUAAAUCUUCGAAUAACCAAAUAAAUCUGUAACGCAAAUAAAAGAAUUGCUGGCAGACAA